AUGGCGUCCCUGUCCAACGAAAAGGUCACAGAGCUGCAGCAGGCGGGCGACUUUGCCAUCAAGAGCGAGGAGGUCGCUCCCAAGCUCGACACCACCCAGUGGCCCCUCCUCCUCAAAAACUACGACAAGCUCCUCGUCAGGUCUUCCCACUUUACUCCCAUUCCCUCCGGUGUCUCUCCUUUGAAGCGCGAGCUCAGCACCUACGUCAAGUCUGGUGUCAUCAACCUCGACAAGCCCUCCAACCCCUCCUCCCACGAAGUCGUCGCCUGGCUCAAGCGAAUCCUCCGAGUUGAGAAGACUGGUCACUCUGGUACUCUUGAUCCCAAGGUCACUGGAUGUCUUAUCGUCUGUAUCGACCGUGCCACUCGUCUCGUCAAGUCCCAGCAGGGUGCCGGAAAAGAAUACGUUGCCGUCGUCCGAUUCCACGACAAGAUUGCCGAUGAGAAGGCUCUUCCCAGGGCUUUGGAGACUUUGACUGGUGCCCUCUUCCAGAGGCCCCCACUCAUCUCUGCCGUCAAGCGUCAGCUCCGUGUCCGAACCAUCUACGAGAGCAAGUUGAUCGAGUUUGACAACAAGCGAAACCUCGCCGUCUUCUGGGUGUCUUGUGAGGCCGGUACCUAUAUCCGUACCCUCUGUGUUCACCUCGGGUUGUUGCUUGGUGUCGGUGCGCACAUGCAGGAGCUGAGGCGAGUCAGGAGUGGUAUCACCGGAGAGAACGACGACAUUGUGUCUAUGCACGAUGUGCUCGAUGCUCAGUGGUUGUACGACAACACCCGAGACGAGUCCUACCUUCGCCGAGUCAUCCGUCCCCUCGAAUCCCUCCUCACCAACUUUAAGCGUAUCGUCGUCAAAGACUCUGCCGUCAACGCUGUCUGCUACGGUGCCAAGCUCAUGAUCCCCGGUCUCCUCCGUUACGAAGCCGACAUUGAAGUGAACGAGGAGGUCGUCCUCAUGACCACCAAGGGAGAGGCCAUUGCCAUCGGUAUCGCGCAAAUGUCUACCGUCGACUUGGCUUCAUGUGACCACGGUGUUGUUGCCAAGGUGAAGAGGUGUAUCAUGAACAGGGACCUUUACCCCAGACGAUGGGGCCUUGGCCCCAAGGCUCAGGAGAAGAAGAAGAUGAUCAAGAAGGGAGAGUUGGACAAGUACGGCAAGUCCAUCGACGGUGUUACGCCCAAGGACUGGAGCAAGGGCUACAUCGACUACAACGUUGAUGACGCCCCCGUCUCCGGCCUUUUGCCUACUCAGCCGGCCACGACAGGGGAUGUCAAGAUGGAGUCGCCCGUCAAGGCUGAAGGGUCCGCCGAGGGCAAGAGGAAGCGAGAGGAAUCUGAAACUCCUGCCGUUGUCGCCGAGUCGAAGGAGGACGAGGGCAAGGACAAGAAGAAGAAGAAGGUGAAGACGGAAGGUGGGGAAGAGAGGGAAGAGACCGCUGAGGAGAGAGCAGCGAGGAAGGCCGCGAAGAAGGAGAAGAAGGCCAAAAAGGAGCAACAAUAG